AUGACAGAAUCGAGUAGCAAGGGUUCAGUCCUCCGACAACCCAACCGCUUCAUCACCGACCACAACGAGCAGGGGCUUGCUGUUUUCAGCAGCUCGAUCCCGGAGCCCAUCCCGGGCCAGAUCAUCAACAACGGCGACACGUUCUACCUCGGCUACACGACCUCAGGCACGCCGGUCGACUUCGCCAACAACGCCGACGUGGAUGCAUACGCGAAGCACCUGGUCGACCCGCCAGGGAUCGUCGUGCCGGGCGGCUCUGUGGUCAGGAUCGUGGACCUCCGGCCCGGCGGCGAGAGCCCCAUGCACAGGACCGUGAGCAUCGACUACGGCGUGGUGCUGGAGGGCGAGAUCGAGCUAGUGCUGGACUCGGGCGAGUCGAGGGUCAUGAAGAGGGGGGACGUGAGCAUUCAGAGGGGCACCAACCACCUGUGGAAGAACAGGAGCAAGACCGAGUGGGGCAGGAUGCUGUACGUCCUCCAGGAAGCGAAGCCCCUCCUCAUCGGGGGCAAGAAGCUGGGCGAGGAUUAUGGUAGUGGCAUGGAAGGUGUCAAGCCGUCUGGAAACUGA